AUGCCCUCCCCUCCCAAUGAUGGAGAGGAUCAAGGAGCGUCCCCCGUGAACAGGCCAUCUGUGGGCUCCUACCAGAGCAGUGGCAAGCGGAAGGUGCAUGCCAAAAAGAAAAAAGGCACUAUCACCGCCAAUGUCGCAGGCACCAAAUAUGAAAUUGUUCGUAUAGUCAUCAAUGAGAUGGACUUUAUCAAGACCCGGGAUGAUGACGAGACUGCCAACCUCAUCUGGAAUGACUCGGCCGUGCAGCACGAGAAAAUCGCUGAGCUCAGGAAUUAUCAGAGAAUUAACCAUUUCCCUGGCAUGGGUGAAAUCUGCCGGAAAGACUGCCUAGCAAGAAACAUGUCCAAAAUGAUCAAGUGCCAGCCUCAAGAGUACAGCUUCAUACCCAAAACCUGGAUCUUCCCUGCUGAGUACACACAGUUCCAGAACUACGUCAAAGAGCUGCGCAGGAAACGCAAGCAGAAGACCUUUAUUGUCAAACCUGCCAACGGAGCCAUGGGUCACGGGAUCUCGCUUAUCCGUAACUGUGAGAAGUUGCCAGCCCAGGAGCACUUUAUCGUUCAGGAGUACCUGGACAAGCCCUUCCUGAUGGAGGGAUACAAGUUUGACCUGCGCAUCUACAUCCUUGUCACAUCCUGCGACCCCCUUCGUAUUUUCCUCUACAAUGACGGCCUGGUUCGCAUGGGCACAGAGAAGUACCAUGCACCCAGUGAGGCCAACCUGAGCCAGCUCUACAUGCAUCUGACCAACUACUCAGUCAACAAACACAAUGAGAACUUCGAGCGAGAUGAGACAGUGGACAAAGGCAGCAAGAGGUCCAUCAGUUGGUUCACUGAGUUCCUCCGCACAAAUGACUACGACGUGGCGAAGUUCUGGGGAGACGUUUCUGAGCUGGUGGUAAAGACAUUAAUAGUGGCUGAGCCCCACGUGCUGCACGCCUACCGCAUGUGUCGCCCCGGCCAGCCACCAGGGAGCGACAGUGUCUGCUUUGAGGUCUUGGGCUUUGACAUCAUCCUGGACCGCAAACUCAAACCCUGGCUACUAGAGAUCAAUCGAGCUCCAAGCUUCGGGACCGAUCAGAAGAUUGAUUACGACGUGAAGAAAGGGGUGCUGCUCAAUGCUCUCAAACUCCUCAACAUUAGGGCCAGUGAUAAGAAACGCAACCUGGCCCAGCAAAAGGCAGAGGCUCAGAGACGGCUCUAUGGACACGGCUCCAUGAAGAAACUCUCGGCUGCUUCCUCAGACUGGGAGAAACAACGUCACACACUGGAGAGAAGGAGAGAAGAGCUGAAAGAGCGACUGGCACAGGUCCGCAAGCAGAUCUCCAGGGAGGAGCAUGAAAAGCAACAUCUGGGGAACUACAGACGUAUUUACCCCCCAGACGACAAGCUGCUGUUGGAGAAGUAUGAAAGCCUGCUCUCGGCCGCCUUUCAGACCUUCCUCGCUGGGCGAGCUGCCUCACUUCAAAAGGAAAUGAAUAAUCCUCUGAAACGAAUGAAGGAAGAGGACAUCCUGGAUCUGCUGGAGCAAUGUGAACUGGAUGACGAGAAGCUGAUGGGCAAAUCCUCCAGGCAACGAGGCCCUAAGCCCUUGACCGCCAUGCCAGAAUGCAGCCAGACACCUAGACGUCAACGACCAGAAUACCUGGCGGACUUCACCAGUGGCAGCAGCGCUGAAAACUCCUGCUCCUCCUCAGAUGAAGAGGAGGAGGAGAGGAGGAAAACAGGAGAAGGAGGAAGAGGUGGAGAGAAGAGGGAGAAGAAAGUUUCCUAUGACCUUGGGGAGAGCAAGGAGAAGAACUUGGCUGAGCGCUCAGGUCGUAUGCACUGGAAACCUCCGAUCAAGUCACUCAAAACCAGCUCCGCCCCCUCUGCUUCACCAACACUUUCUGGCCCAAUCAGGCGCUCCAUCUCCUGUCCUCGCUCCAUCGCCUCCCUCGCAUCGCCCAGUGAGGUGCGAGCGUUGUCCACCAGGCCUUCCGCUACAGUUCCCACGGCCACUCCCCUCGCCAGGCCAAGCUCCGCCACGCUGCGUUCCCAUUCGCUGAGCCGCAGUGGCUCCGCCCACCGUGUGCCUCACAGCAACAGCCUCGGGACCAUCCACUCCAACAUAGGUGAUCCUCUGAUAAACCUGAGGAGUAAAGAGCAGGAGGCAGAGCUGGUGCGUCAGACUCUGGCUGUGCUCACUGCGAUGAGGAUCAGGUUUCCUGGCAAAACUGAGGAAGAGGCCGAGGCUAUGCUGGAUGAGAUCCUUGACAACUGGAAAUACCAUAAACCAAAGGUGGCCUCCUAUUGGCUAGUGAAGCUGGACUCAACUAAACAACGGAAGGUUUUGGACAUUGUACGUACCAAUGUACGUUCAGCACUACAGCGGAUCUGGAGGGAGCCAGACGUAGAGAGCCUCCACCUCUACCGGCUCUUUAACCGCAUCUUCAACCGCUUGCUCUGGAGUCAUGGUCAGGGCCUGUGGAACUGCUUUUCCAACACUGGUUCAUCGUGGGAGACCAUCUUCAGUAAGAGCAGUGAGGUGGUGUCACCGCAGCAGCUGCAGUGCUGCCGCCGGCUGGUCCAGCUGUGCCGAGACUGCCUUUUGGUCGUCUACAAGUUUGUCUCCGAGUCCCGUGGCUCUUUGACCGGACUUAGCCCCGAAUGGGAUGACACCAGGUAUCUGCUGCCAGUGACCUCCCAGUUCAUCAUGAAGUGGCCAUCGUCCAGCUUUGGCCGUAUCUCAUCGGCCAUGCCACAAUCCCGCAGCCUUUUUACCGCCAGGAUGGGCCACUUCUGAGGUCACCGCGGGAACCCUGGCUUCUGACACCUCGCCUUUUGACCUCAGCCUCCCUCCUCUGACUCUCAUGCAGCCAAACUCCAAUCCCAGCAGUCCAGGUAGGGAACGGAAUUUGGGGCAGCUCUGGACACCGGAUGGACCCUCAUCCUUGGCCAAAUCCCCUUGCGGAAGAUCAACAAAGAAAGGCUGGAUGAUUUGGGAUUGCUAAAGGGCCUUGUUCAGUUUAGUUUAG